GUGGUGACUACAGAAACUAACUAGCAAGCACAUUCUCUCCUUUGUGUGGGUUUUUGUGGGUUUUAAUGUGUGCUAUUCAGUCUGGUCAACAGAGUUGCACAGUAACUAAAAUGGUCUCUUCACACGUUGUUUUGUUUUUUCUUAUAUGGGGUUGUGUUGAUGUUUUAACAAAAACAUCAGCCUGCUCAUACAUCCCAAACGUUGCCAAUGCUUAUGUUUCGAAAGAAUAUGUGAAGGAUAACUACACAAAUGGAGAUUUAUUAUAUUUCACUUGUCACUCUGGAUAUGUUUCAAGAGGAAGAAUUAGUUACAAGUGUGAAAAACAAUACUGGGUAGUACAUCGUCCUGGAAGGUGUGAACCAAAGCAGUGUGGACAUCCUGGAGAUGUAUUAAAUGGGCGUUUUCAGUUAAUACAUGGUGCAGACUUUGUAUUUGGAGCUGAAAUUCAAUAUAUCUGCAAUGAAGGCUAUCAGAUGGCAAGCCAAAGGGAUACCAAAACUUGCAGAGCAGAUGGAUGGAGUCAAAAUACCCCUCAUUGUGAAGUGGUCAAGUGCAUUUUGGAAGAAACAACGGAUGACAUAAUUGUUAAGGGAGUGCCGGAAAAUAAUGAGCCCAUUCCAUAUGGAAGUGCAUUGCUUUUUGAAUGUGCUUCUCCUGAUACACACUUGAAUGGAGUUGUCUUUAUUGUUUUCAUUAUAUAUACUAUAUAUCUUCUUUGUCUGAUUUUUCUAUUAGUGGUCAAGUGCAUUUUGGAAGAAACAACGGAUGACAUAAUUGUUAAGGGAGUGCCGGAAAAUAAUGAGCCCAUUCCAUAUGGAAGUGCAUUGCUUUUUGAAUGUGCUUCUCCUGAUACACACUUGAAUGGAGAAUCUCAAAUUUUUUGUACCACAAAUGGGAAUUGGAGUAGCCCAUUUCCUACAUGUAAAGUUUUGUCCUGUGGCAGCCCACCAGAUGUACAUAAAGGAAAAUUGCUUUCCCCAAGAAAGAAAUCCUACAGAGAAGGGGAAAAGGUGGAAUAUGAAUGCGAAAACAAGUUUCAUUUUCAGGGACAAAGUUAUGUGCAAUGUAGGCGUGGGAGGUGGACAACAACACCAGUGUGCUCACCAACAUUUUGUGGACAGCCUCCAGUUGUCACAAAUGCAGAUAUUGAAGGCUGGACAAAGUCUAGCUAUGAUUCUGGUGAUCGUGUUACAUACAGAUGUCAAAAGUUUUACGAAGUGGAAGGAUCAAAUACAAUUACAUGUACAAGAGGAGAAUGGACUACUCUACCUAAAUGUUUAGAACCAUGUACUGUGACACUGGAUGACAUGAAGAGAAAUAAUCUGAGGCUCAGAUUUAGAGAAUCAGAACUGGUAUUUAUCAAACACAACGAAUAUUGUGAGUUUGCGUGUAUUGAUGGCAAAUCUCUAAAAGGAAAUAAUCCACUUAGAUUAAAAUGCAAUGAUGGUAAAGUUAAUCUACCUGUUUGUGGAUAAAGGCUCUGAGCAUUGUUGCAGAGUACCUUCAACAUAACUAAUUAAAAAGUAGACUGCUUAAUUUGUCUUUAAAUAAAAUUCGUGUUUAUUAAUGCAUAUCACAGUAUUUGUUGCAAUAAAUACAUGAACCGUAAUUCAUUGAACAAGAUUGGAAACUACCAUUAAACUGUUCAAAGUACAGUAAAUGACAAAGCACAGUAUGUUCCUGCAAUAAACUUCUUGCAAUAUCAAACAUGUAUUGUCACCCAACAUUGUGAAUAUUUCCUUCAUAUCUUGAUCAACUGACAUGUUAUGUAAGCACCAGCAUUUUUUUUGGAACUGUUAUUGUUUUGAGAAUUAUCAUACUGAAACGUUAUACUUCAGAAAUCUUAGUCCUUGCCAAUAAACUAUCUAAUCUCAAAAA